AUGACUUCUUGGAAAAGCAUAUUGUUUGGGCGACGAGAUGAGACAAAAAAGAGCAAACCUUCAGGGUUCGUCCGAAACUUUUACGAUACCGAAGAGACUAUGGAGAGACUCUUCGACUCUUCGACAGCGGGGGAAACAUCCCAAGCACAUCUAUUCGCUAAGUUUUACCACCAUCGCAAGGUUGUCCUGAUCGAUAAUUUUUUGAAUGAGGGGUCAAUGUACCACAUCCAGAUAGUAUAUUGA